UGGCAUCAGAGUUGAUCACGUGGCUUCCCCUUGCCAGUUUGUGUGUAUCACAUGAUAGAAGAAAAUGGAGGGGCAGUUUCACAAGUGGUUCUUUAUUCUGGCUUUGGGAAUCAGCUUCCGUUUUACUGCUGCUGCAGAAACUAAACGAGAUGUAAAAUUGGAAACAUUUACAUGUAAGGCAGGAGAUGACACAUAUGAGAUAUUGCAUGUGAGAGCAAAGUUGCAAUCAAGCAAUGAUAUCAUACAUUACCUGUGGACUACAAUUGACCUUCCGACAGUGGUGACUGCCCACACCACAGAUACCUCUGCGAAACCAGUUGUUGAAUGGUCUAGUAAUUGUACAAAGUACAAUAUUAAAUUUAAACCAGAGAUUUCUGGUCUGACAGCAUUUGCAUUGACAAGUGUGUUUGAAUAUGAAGAUACAAAUGAUGAUCAGGAUGCUACCAAAAAUUUUGUCAGAGAUGUGAUGCCUUCUUUAAAAUGGCAGCUGAAAAGCAACAGCAGUAGUAGUGGGAGUGCUAUUGCAAAAUUUGAGGGCAGUUGGUUGUAUGCACGCAUUGGGUUUGAGCUAAAGGCAUUUGGUGCCAAGGAUUAUGAUGAUGAUUUGCCGCAUGAAAUUGUCAGCGAGAAUUCAACACGGUUUACUAUAAGUUUACUUGAUUUACCCGUCCAAACCAAAAAGUCCGAUACGCUGUUGAGUUGGCCUUUUUGAAGCCCAAAUCCAAAGAAUCACCAACCUACAAAACGUCCAAAUCAAUCGACGACGAACACACGCCUGGUAUUUUCAAGUUAUGGAAGCUCAGUAUCCCAGUUGAUGGCAAAAAGAUGUUCGCGUCUUGGAAACCA